AAUGAGGUUAUGUCCAAUUUCCAAAGUCUUCGUAAUUUCAGUUCACGUGUUAAGUGAAACAGUUGAUUAAAGGAACGGUUUGUUUUAUUUACCAAAUUACCAGUUGAAAUUCUACUGAUUUUGAAAAUAUUGAUCUGUCGCUUUAUUUACUCUGGAUGUUAUAAUAAACAAUUUUAAAAAUGGCCCUUAAACCUUGUUCGCUCGUUUUGGAAGAUGGAACUGUGUUUUCUGGUUACAAUUUCGGUUCUAGUACAUUACCUGUCGACGGGGAAGUCGUAUUUCAAACCGGUAUUGUGGGCUAUCCUGAAUCUCUAACAGAUCCAUCGUACUAUAAGCAGUUACUGGUCUUGACAUAUCCGCUUAUUGGCAAUUAUGGAGUUCCUGGCGACGAAAAAGAUUCUUAUGGAAUCAAAAGAUGGUUUGAGUCACAUCGUAUAUGGGUCUCGGCUUUAAUUGUUGAUGAAGUAUGUGAUCAACCGAGCCAUUGGCGCAGUGAAAAGUUGCUGAAUGAAUGGCUUGCCGAAAGUGGAGUUCCAGGCAUUUGCGGUGUAGACACACGUGCACUAACAAAACACAUCCGAGAGAGAGGAUCUCUACUGGCAAAAAUUGUUUAUGGUGUAGACAAAGACUUCACCAAUGUAGUCAAUCCGAACAAAAUCAAUUUAGUUAAAGAUGUUUCAAUAUCUGCACCUAAAACACUUAACGAAACUGGAUCGCCCAGGAUUCGAUUUGUCGAUUGCGGUUCAAAAUACAAUCAGUUAAGAUGUUUUCUAAAACGUGGUGCUCGGGUCGACAUUGUGCCAUGGGACCAUCCGUUAAACGAUGGUAACAAUUAUGAUGGACUGUUCAUAAGUAACGGCCCUGGAAAUCCAGAUAUGGCCAACACGACAAUUUUAAACCUGAUUAAAGUAUUAGAAAAGAAAUCCGAUAUCAAACCUAUAUUUGGAAUUUGUCUGGGACAUCAACUCCUGUCUGUAGCUGCUGGAUUUAAAACUUAUAAAAUGAAAUUUGGAAAUCGAGGUCAAAAUCAACCUUGUGUAUUGGGUGAAACCGGUAAAUGUUACAUGACUUCACAGAAUCACGGCUAUGCAGUAAAGCACGUCGAGUCUGAAUGGGAUGUGUUAUUUACAAAUGCUAACGAUAAAACUAAUGAAGGAGUCAUCCAUAAGAAUUUACCAUAUUUCAGUGUUCAAUUCCAUCCAGAAGCUUGUCCUGGCCCUGAAGAUUUGGAAUGUUUAUUCGAUGUCUUCCUGGAAUCUGUCAAGAAUAAUAUGGCAAAACGAGAAUUUAAAUUAAUAGAUCAAAUCUAUACUCAUUUAAAACCCAAAAUACCGAAAUCUCGUGUAGACGUCCAAAAAGUGUUGAUUUUAGGUUCCGGCGGAUUAUCGAUUGGUCAGGCUGGUGAAUUUGAUUAUUCUGGUUCUCAAGCAAUAAAAGCGUUGCGUGAAGAGAACAUCAUUACCGUUCUAAUCAAUCCAAACAUCGCAACAGUACAAACGUCAUUGGGAUUAGCAAACAAAGUGUACUUUUUGCCAUUAGAACUUAAUUUUGUUACUCAAGUAAUUCAGUCCGAACGACCAGAUGGUAUAUUGUUGACUUUCGGUGGUCAGACAGCUUUGAAUUGUGGAAUCGAGUUAAAAAAGUCUGGCAUACUGGAACAAUACAAUGUUAAAGUAUUGGGAACUCCAAUUGAAACUAUAAUAGCAACAGAAGAUCGAAAAGAAUUUUCUGAUAGGGUUGUUGAAAUCGGUGAACGAGUCGCUCCGAGUGCUGUUGUUACGACUUUUGACGAAACCAUGGAAGCUGUUAAACAAUUAGGUUACCCGCUUCUAGCGCGAAGCGCUUUUAGCUUGGGCGGCUUAGGUUCUGGUUUUGCAAAUAAUGAAUCAGAAUUACGCGUGUUAGCCAAACAAUGUUUUACUCAUAGCAGUCAAAUGAUUUUAGAUAAGUCGUUGAAAGGCUGGAAAGAAGUCGAGUAUGAAGUUGUGCGCGAUGCAUAUGACAACUGCAUUACAGUUUGUAACAUGGAAAAUGUAGAUCCAUUAGGUAUACACACAGGCGAAUCGAUUGUCGUUGCUCCUAGUCAGACGCUUUCCAAUGCUGAGUAUAAUAAACUGAGAACAACGGCAAUUAAAGUCGUUCGUCACUUGGGCGUCAUCGGGGAAUGUAAUAUUCAGUAUGCCCUCAGCACCAUAUCUGAUGAGUUUUACAUAAUUGAAGUUAAUGCUCGAUUAUCCCGGAGUUCAGCUUUAGCGAGUAAAGCGACUGGAUAUCCUUUGGCUUAUGUAGCAGCCAAACUGUCAUUAGGCAUAGCGUUACCCGAUAUUGUUAACUCUGUGACAUCGUCUACUACGGCAUGUUUCGAACCUAGUUUAGAUUAUUGUGUAGUCAAAAUGCCUCGUUGGGACCUCAGUAAAUUCAUACGUGCUACUACAAAAAUUGGCAGUUCGAUGAAGAGUGUAGGCGAAGUUAUGUCUGUAGGUCGUAAUUUUGAAGAAGCAUUUCAAAAAGCUUUUAGAAUGGUCGAUGAAAAUUUUGUCGGAUUCGACCCCUACUUAAAGUCUAUAAACGACGACGAAUUAGAACAGCCAACGGAUAAGAGAAUAUUUGUUUUAGCUGCUGCUUUAAAAAAUGGAUAUUCUAUAGAUAAACUAUAUGAAUUAACCAAAAUUGAUCGUUGGUUUUUAUAUAAGAUGCAAAACAUUAUAAAACAUCAGACAUUAUUGGAAUCGUAUAAUUAUCCAAAUUUGCCAUUCGACCAAUUACUAAAAGCAAAGCGUUUAGGAUUUUCUGACAAACAAAUUGCGUCUUGCGUUCAAAGUACUGAGUUAGUAAUUCGAAAACGUCGAGAAGAACAAGGAAUCACUCCAUUUGUAAAACAAAUUGAUACAGUUUCUGCCGAAUAUCCAGCGGAAACUAAUUAUCUUUAUUUAACUUACAACGCAAUUAGCAAUGACUUAGAAUUUCCUACUAACUUAAUUAUGGUCAUUGGAUCGGGUGUAUACCGUAUUGGAAGCUCUGUUGAAUUUGAUUGGUGUGCCGUUGGCUGUCUUCGUGAAUUGAGGAAAUUGAAUAAAAAAACUAUUAUGGUCAAUUGUAAUCCAGAAACUGUCAGUACAGAUUAUGACAUGUGUGACCGAUUGUAUUUUGAGGAAAUUUCGUUUGAAGUGGUAAUGGAUAUUUACAAUUUGGAAAAUCCUGAAGGUGUUAUUUUGUGUAUGGGCGGACAACUGCCAAACAAUAUAGCCAUGGAUUUGCACAGACAGAACGCUCGUAUUCUGGGAACAUCUCCAGAAAAUGUAGAUGGCGCAGAAAAUCGUUUCAAAUUCUCGAGAAUGUUGGACAGAAUUAAAAUAUUGCAACCGAGAUGGAAAGAACUUACUGAUCUCAAGUGUGCUAUAGAAUUUUGCCGAGAAGUCGGAUACCCUUGUCUGGUCAGACCGUCUUAUGUUUUGAGUGGAGCCGCAAUGAACGUAGCACAUAAUGACGGCGAUUUAGAAGCAUAUUUGAAAUCCGCUAGUGAAGUUUCAAGAGAACAUCCCGUGGUUAUUUCAAAAUUCCUUGAAGACGCCAAAGAAAUAGACGUGGACGCCGUAGCUAAAGACGGACAAAUACUCUGUAUGGCUGUCAGUGAACAUGUUGAAAAUGCCGGAGUACAUUCGGGAGACGCCACUCUUGUGACACCGCCGCAAGAUAUUAACGAUGAAACGUUGGAGAAAAUAAAAUGUAUUUGUCGAGAUAUUGCUUCAUCGUUGAACGUAAAUGGACCAUUGAACAUGCAGCUUAUUGCCAAAAAUAACGAAUUGAAAGUAAUAGAAUGUAACGUACGAGUGUCCCGAUCUUUUCCAUUUGUCUCGAAAACUUUAGGCCAUGAUUUUGUCGCGAUGGCUACUCAAGUGAUCAUAGGAGAAGAAGUAGAACCGGUCGACGUAUUGUCCGGCAUCGAUAGAAGAGUUGGUGUUAAAGUGCCUGUGUUUUCAUUUUCUCGUAUUGCCGGAGCUGAUGUUAUGUUGGGCGUAGAAAUGGCCUCGACUGGUGAAGUGGCAUGUUUUGGCGAGAAUCGUUAUGAAGCAUACUUGAAAGCAAUGAUAAGCUCUGGCAUGCAAUUGCCACAACCAGGGGCCAAAAUUUUUCUGUCUAUCGGAAAGAUUAAGCACAAAGAAGAAUUGCUCAACAGCGUAAAAGCACUACAAGCAAUGGGCUACAAACUGUACGGGAGCAGCGGAACGGCCGAUUACUACAACUACAAUACUAAAGAAAUUUCCGUAACUCCGUGCGACUGGAGAUUUGACAAUAUUGGCGUCAACACGACACGUGGUGAUCUACUUAGUUUGGCCGAGUAUAUAAGUAACAAAAAUUUUGAUUUUGUCAUUAACGCUCCGAUGAUGGUGAGCGGAGCGAACAGAGUAGCUUCGUUUUUAACGCCUGGUUAUCGUAUGCGAAGAAUGGCAAUUGAACAUUCCAUUCCAUUGGUGACUGACGUCAAAUGCGCCAAACUCCUUAUAGAAGCAAUGGUCGGAAUAGGUUGCAACCCGUCGUUAAAAACCCAUAUAGAUUGUAUUUCGUCUCAGAGAUUGUUGAAGUUACCCGGUUUAAUCGACAUGCAUGUGCACGCACGUGAGCCUGGAGCAAACCAUAAGGAAGAUUUUGCGUCUUGUACGGCUGCGGCGCUAGCCGGUGGUAUUACGUUAAUUGCAGCCAUGCCCAACACUAACCCUUCUAUAAUUGAUCAAAAAUCCUACGAGUUGGCAAAAAAAUGUGCUAAAGCUGGCGCUAGGUGUGAUUAUGUUCUGUACGCGGGAGCAUCCAAUACAAAUAGUUUCGAAAUCGCACAAAAUGCCAAUCAAUUUGCGGGACUCAAGAUGUACCUCAAUGAAACAUUUAGCACGUUGCGCCUGCAAAAUGUGUCUUCGUGGGUGUCGCAUUUUGAAAGUUGGCCAAAACACAUGCCAUUGGUUGUGCACGCCGAAGAUCAGACUUGUGCCGCCAUUCUUAUGUUGGCUUCGUUGUAUAAUCGCUCAGUUCAUGUAUGCCACGUAGCACGCAAAUCAGAAAUACUUCUCAUUAAAGCGGCCAAAGAAAAAGGCAUAAUGGUGACGUGCGAAGUAGCUCCUCAUCAUUUGUUUUUAUGCGACGAAGAUAUUGUUUCGUUAGGUCCUAAUAAAUCUCAAGUCAGACCAAUAAUUUGUACCAAAGAGGAUCAGCAAGCUCUUUGGGAUAAUUUAGCAUACAUCGAUUGUAUUGCCACAGACCAUGCACCACACACUUUAGAAGAGAAAUUAAGCGACAAAGCACCACCCGGUUUCCCAGGUCUCGAGACUGUAGUGCCUCUGUUAUUGAAUGCAGUUAAAGAAGGGCGCUUGACCAUUGAAGACAUUGUGGAAAAAAUGUACACUAAUCCCAUGAAAAUUCUUGGUUUAACGCCUCAACCAGACACUUACAUUGAAGUGGAUAUGGACACCGAAUGGACCAUUCCGUCUUCGACGGCUUAUUCAAAAGCCAAAUGGACUCCUUUUGCCGGAUUUCGUGUUUGCGGUUCAAUACAUAGAGUUGUUUUACGCGGACAAGUAGUAUGCAUCGAAGGCAAAGUAUUAGCUGAACAAGGUUUUGGUUGUGAUCUACGGGACCCGACCUUAUCUCGAAAAGUCCUCACAGACGCCGGCUCACAAGUGAACAUAAAUAUGAAAACUCCAAUGCCUAUAAAGAACACUGACGUGCACGCUUUGUUUAACAACGUUUUGUCUGAAAUCAGAGAAAAAGUAGUACAAGAAAUUGAAAGUGUAACUGGCGUUAAGUCGGACAUCAUAAGACAGCGCAAUUUAUCGGGCAGCGAGUCCAAGGAUAUGAGUUUGUUAACUAUAAACACAGCCGGGUUGAACAAACGGUCAAAAGAGACUACAAAUGAUGUAGGGCUCAACUUGCUGACGCCUAUACCUACACACGGAUUAGCUCACAAUCACAUUUUGUCUGUCGACAUGUUCUCCAAAGAUCACUUGAACGAAAUAUUUAAUUUGGCACAGACAUUGAGAGUUUACGUCAUUAAGGGACGAUCUCUUGACAAUAUACUCAAAGGUAAAGUCAUGGCUUUGAUAUUCUACGAAGUGAGUACGAGGACCAGUUGUAGUUUUUCAGUGGCCAUGCAAAGACUGGGUGGCCGAGUUGUACACGUCGACGAAACUAGUAGUUCUGUGAAGAAAGGAGAAACGCUGGAAGAUACCGUGGAAGUCAUGAGCGGUUAUGUAGAUGUAGUUGUCAUGCGUCACCCUCAGCCUGGCGCAGUUAGAAAUGCAGCUCGACAUUGCCGCAAGCCCAUGAUCAAUGCUGGAGACGGAACCGGAGAACACCCGACUCAAGCUCUUUUGGAUAUAUUCACAAUAAGAGAAGAAAUCGGUACUGUUAACGGCCUUACCAUCACAUUAGUCGGUGAUCUGAAAAACGGUCGAACUGUGCAUUCGCUUGCGAGAUUAUUAACACUGUACAAAGUGAAUCUUCGCUAUGUCAGUCCCACCAACUUGAGUAUGCCGACAUCAGUACGUCAGUUUGUCGCGUCUCGUGGCAUUCCUCAAGAAUCUUUCUCGUCCCUAGAAGCGGCGCUACCCGAGACAGAUGUGUUGUACAUGACGCGUAUUCAACGUGAACGGUUCCCAGACGAGAAUACCUACCAACAAGCGUGCGGCCGUUUCGUCGUCACACCGGAAAUUAUGAUCAAGGCUAAACGUAAGAUGAUCGUCAUGCACCCGUUGCCCAGAGUGUUUGAAAUCAGCCCGGAAUUCGAUUCUGAUCCCAGAGCAGCAUACUUCCGACAAGCCGAGUAUGGAAUGUACGUGAGGAUGGCUCUUAUAGCGAUGAUACUCGGCAAAUGUUAAGUUAUCAUACUCUGAUAAAUCGAUCAAAUUUGUGAUAAAAUUUAUUUUGAAAAACAAGUACCUUUUUAGUUAACUAUUAUAUUAUGGUUCAUUUUAUAUUAUGAUAUAAUUUAUAUCUUUUUUUUUUUCAUUUUUUUAGUUGACUAUUUUAAAACAAAUUUAUUUGACACAUAUUUAUAGUUGAAUUAAGUACCAUUCGAAAACAUUCGUGUAUUCAUAUCUCUUUAUAUGUUG